UCUCCAGGUCAAGUCGCGAGCGAUGCGGGGUCACUGACCUCCUUCCCCAAAGCGUCGACGUGCCGUGAAAUCACCCAAGAUGGCAGGGGAAGUCACGGGGUCACAUACAAACCAUUCGAACACGGCGGGAUCAGAGCGAAGGCGCGACCAAUCACAACCCUCGGCGAAUAGUAGGGACACGCUCCGAGCCAAUGAGAACCCUCUUUUCAUCUUGGAGAAUGCAUUCGUCGAAUCAAACUGUUCGGAUUUCAUGGACUUGGCUUCGAUGAACGGAUCCUGUGGAAAUUUCACGGUGGCUUCGAACUUCACCAAUUCUACAACUAUGGCGGGGGAUUCGUACUACUUUUAUGAG